CUGCGUUGGAGUGAACUUCGCGUUGAAGAUUUUAGAUAAAAUAUAUAUAUGCUGAUAAGGAAGCAGGACUGCUGAAAGACUCAAGGUAAACAACACAGACUAGUUUGCUCUUGCCUGACAGGAACUGGGGUUAGCUAUUAAACUUAACGUCAGUAAGAUUUAGCCAAUGUGUGGUUUUGUUAAAGUAACUAGCUAGCAUGUUUGGCAACACGUAUUUUAGCUAGCUGACAUGUGAAUUAUAAUUAUUGUCGAUAUUGUAUAGUUCAAUACUUAGGUUAGAUAUUGAAUGACUUGCCGUGUUCACGUACUAGUCGGAACUAGGAAACUCGGACAUUUCCGACUGGCUAAUUGGUUGUAGUUAUACACGUGCCGCGUUCAACCAGUUAGCAAGUCGGAAAUGUCCUAGUUCCGACUAGUAGCUGAACGCGGCAACAGUAAAUUUAAGAUACUGUAUAACUGAACCAGAAUCUGUGCACAGAGGAGAGUAUGAGUGACUGAGGAGAACCUCUUAUUCUGGUUCACAGUAACGUUACCUGUCAUAUAGCCAAGUUGGCUAAAUUACUAGCGAACGUUAGUUAACUAAAUUGAUUAUGAUAUUGCGUCCUAUUAUAGUUAGUCAUGUUAACGUUAGUGUUGGUUUGAGGACUAGUUAGCUAGUAACGUUAGCUUGGUUUAGCUAUAUGUCUUUAGUUAGCCAGACAGUCAGUAAAAACAGAUUCUUUACAGUCACGGCCUUGGAUGGAUUGGUACAGAGAAACUCAGAGUUGUGUUCGAAUACUCAUACUUAACCUUACUAUUUGUGACGUAAAUUGAGUAUGUAGUAUGCUUAUUGGUCGUAGUAUGGAUAUGGUUAGUAUGCCAAAAGUUCCCGGAUGUCGUACUAAAUUCGCCUAAUACGAAGUAUACAAGUAGAGGACACUAUUUCCGUGCUUUUAGAGCAGGGCUGCCCAACACUCUUCCUGGAGAUCUACUGUCCCGUAGGUUUUCAGUCCAACCCUAAUUUAGCAUAUCUGAUUCAGCUAAUAAGUGGAAUCAGGUGUCUUAUAAUUAGGGUUGGACUGAAAACUCAGUUCUUACUGACUGUCUGGCUUCACAACGUUUUCAGAUUUGAAGUAAAUGGCGGAAAAUAUGCAGCUGAAGUCGGAGAGAGGAUACAAAUUGAUUGCUUUAACUAAUUAUGACAAAUGUUAAGAAAAUGUUGAACAAUGUAAUAAAGUAAUGACUUUUCAAAUAAGUUACGUUAAGUUGGCUGACAAUUUGUUAGCUAUGCUAUCCUUACGAACCACAUAGCAUAUCAUUACAGCAGUAUGUACCGGUAUGUUAGUUAGCUAUCUAACGUAAUGUUAGUUGGCUACUAAUACAUCGGACUUGCCAAUAUAUUAACUAUAUGCUAUCUAACUACCCAACGUGUAUUGACCUAAUUAUUCACGUCAUUCUUAGCUAAGUGGUAUAGUCUAUCUGCGUUCCAAAUGGACAUUGUUCAUUCUCAAUGGCUAUUCACUCCGACUUCAGAGUGUUCCAGAGGGCAGAAUAACUGAUGGAUUUACUAACGCUCAACACCCGUUGAAUAUUAACCGGUGUCAGUAAACGUCUGCAAAAAAACGUUAUUAUAUUGUUGCCAGCAGCACAGUUAGUCACCAACGCUCUGGAUAACAUGAAAACAGCCUAACCAGCUCUGCUAGGGCGAGUAAAAUGGUCAGAGUGAGGUGUGCUCUCAUUUGUGUCUGGAAGUAACUAGCAAUGUAGCCAACGUUGACUAGUUAGCUUUUGGUGCUUGGAUCAACCCUACUCCUCGACCAGAGCGACCAGUGUGCGCUCCGAAAGCGAAAUGCUCUGAAUUUACGAACCACAAGAGCGCACUCUGGCACUCCAGAUUGAAUUUACCAACACACAUGAAAUCGUAUGACGUAUAGCAAGUAAUUAGUUAUGCUAGCAAUAGGUUGCAUGGCAACAGCAUCAACUUCCGGUAGACAGGUGAAGCUGAAAGGAUAACGUUAGUUUACAGUAUACUAAAAUGUACUAAUAGUAUUUAGUAUACAGUAUGUUAGUAUGGGUAUUCAAACACAGCUCAGGACUAGCUGUCAGACAUACUGUUUAACGUGUGUGUGUGUGCACAUGCAGCAUGGCGGUACCUUUUGUGCAGGACUGGGACCUGAUCCAGACGCUGGGAGAAGGAGCAUAUGGAGAGUGAGUACAAGCAAAAAUUGUAUGGAUGAGGCAAAAGGAAUGGCAUUUAAGUCUGGCUGCACAGCCGAUUGGCAAACGUACUGCAAAUUGAGAAAUCAUGUGACUAAACUGAAUAAAAAGAAGAAACUACACUAUAAAUCAAAUUAUAAAUUAUAUAAAGAAUGAUAGUAAGAAGCUUUGGAGCACCUUAAAUGACAUUUUGGGCAAAAAGGCAAACUCAGCUCAAUCAUUAAUUGAAUCAGAUGGCUCAUUCAUCACAAAACCCACUGAUAUUGUCAAUUACUUUAAUUAUUUUUUAAUUGGCAAGAUUAGCAAACUUAGGCAUGAGAUGCCAGCAACACACACUGACAGUACACAUCCAAGUAUAUCUGACCAAAUUAUGAAAGACAAGCAUUGGAAGAGGUGUAUUUUUUGCUGUUGUCUAUCAACAAUGACAAGCCACCGGGGUCUGACAACAUGGAUGGAAAAUUACUGAGGAUAAUAGCGGACGAUAUUGCCACUCCUAUUUGUCAUAUCUUCAUUCUAAGCCUACUAGAAAGUGUGUGCCCUCAGGCCUGGAGGGAAGCAAAAGUCAUUCCGCUACCCAAGAACAGUAAAGCCCCCUUUACUGGCUCAAAUAGCUGACCAAUCAAAUCAAAAAAAUGUUUACACAUACACGUGUUUAGCAGAUGUUAUUGCGGGUGUAGCGAAAUGCUUGUGCUUCUAGCUCCGACAGUGCAGUAAUAUCUAACAAGUAAUAUCUAACAAUUUCACAACAUAUACCCAAUGCACACAAAUCUAAUUAAGGAAUGGAAUUUAAGAAUAUAUACAUAUAUGGACACGCAAUGACAGAGCGGCAUGGACUAAGAUACAGUAGAAUAUUAUAGAAUACAGUAUAUACAUAUGAGAUGAAUAAUGCAAGAUAUGUAAACAUGAUUAAAGUGACUAGUGUUCCAUUUCUUAAAGUGGCCAGUGAUUUCAAUAGGCAGCAGCAGCCUCUAAUGUGCUAGUGAUGGCUAUUUAACAGUCUGAUGGCCUUGAAAUAGAAGCUGUUUUUCAUUCUCUUGGUCCCAGCUUUGAUGCACCUGUACCGACCUCGCCUUCUGGAUGAUAGCGGGGUGAACAGGCAGUGGCUCGGGUGGUUGAUGUCCUUGAUGAUCUUUUUAGCAUUCCUGUGACAUUGGGUGCUGUAGGUGUCCUGGAGGGCGGGUAGUUUGCCCCCGGUAAUGCGUUCGGCAGACCGCACCACCCUCUGGAGAGCCCUGCGGUUGCGGGCGGUGCAGUUGCAGUACAAGGCGGUGAUACAGCCCGACAGGAUGCUCUCAAUUGUGAUUCUGUAAAAGUUUGUGAGGGUUUUAGGUGCCAAACCAAAUUUCUUCAGACUCCUGAGCUUGAAGAGGCUCUGUUGUGCCUUCUUCACCACACUGCCUGCGUGGGUGGACCAUUUCAAUUUGUCAGUGAUGUGUACGCCAAGGAACUUGAAGCUUUCCACCUUCUCCACUGCGGUCCCGUCGAUGUGGAUAGGGGCGUGCACCCUCUGCUGUUUCCUGAAGUCCACGAUCAUCUCCUUUGUUUUGUUGACUUUGAGUGAGAGGUUAUUUUCCUGAAACCACACUCCCAGAGCCACUUCCUCCCUGUAGGCGGUCUCGUCAUUGUUGGUAAUCAUGCCUACUACUGUUGUGUCGUCUGCAAACUUGAUGAUUGAGUUGGAGGCGUGCUUGGUCACGCAGUCAUGGGUGAACAGGGAGUACAGGAGGGGGCUGAGCACGCACCCUUAUGGGGCCCCAGUGUUGAGAAUCAGUGAAGUGGAGAUGUUGUUUCCUACCUUCACCACCUGGGGGUGGCCCAUCAGGAAGUUCCAGGAACCAGUUGCACAGGGCGGGGUUCAGACCAAGUGGGUCUAGGGUGACAGGUUAGGUAGAGGUGAUAUGAUCCUUGACUAGUCUCUCAAAACACACCAGCCAGCUGGUCUGCGCAUGCUCUGAGGAUGCGGCUAGGGAUGCCUUCUGGGCCGGCAGCCUUGCGGAGGUUAACAUGCUUAAAUGUCUUAAUCACCAUGUCAGCCAUGGAGAAGGAGAGCCCACAGUCCUUGGUAGUGGGCCACGUCGGUAGCACUGUUAUCCUCAAAGCGGGCAAAGAAGGUGUUUCGCCUGUCUGGAAGCGAGGUGUCGGCGACUUGGCUGAUUUUUCUUUUGUGGUCCGUGAUUGUCUGUAGACCCUGCCACAUACGUCUCGUGUCUGAGCCGACUUUGUCUCUAUACUGAUGUUUUGGCAGUUUUAAUUGCCUUGCGGCGUGAGUAGCUACACUGUUUGUAUUCUGCCAUAUUCCCAGUCACCUUGCCAUGGUUAAAUGCGGUGGUUCGCUCUUUCAGUUUUGCACGAAGGCUGCCAUCUAUCCACGGUUUCUGGUUAGGUUUUAAAUAGUCACAGUGGGCACAACCUCUCCUAUACACUUCCUGAUAAACUCAGUCACCGUUUCAGUGUAUUCGUCAAAGUUAUUUUCGCAAGCUACCCGGAACAUAUCCCAGUCCGCGUGAUCAAAACAAUCUUGAACCGUGGAUUCCGGUUGGUCAGACCAGCGUUGAAUAGUCCAUAUCACGGGUACUUCCUGUUUUGAGUUUCUGCCUAUAGAAAGGGAGGAGAGCAAAAUGGAGUCGUGGUCAGAUUUGCCGAAAGGAGGGCGGGGGAGGGCCUUAUAACCAUCCCGGAAGUUUGAAUAGCAAUGGUCGAGGACUUUAGAUUUUGGAUAGAACUUCGGCAGCCUAGUCCUCAAAUUUGCUUUGUUAAAAUCCCCGGCUACAAUAAAUGUGGCCUCAGGAUAUGUGGUUUCCAGUCUGCAUAAGGUCCAGUGAAGUUCAUUGAGGGCCGUCGUGGUAUCGGCUUGAGGGGGGAUAUACACGGCCGUGACUAUAACCGAAGAAAAUUAUCUUGGGAGAUAAUACGUCUCCAAGAGUGGCGCAGUGGUCUAAGGCACUGCAUCGCCAGUACGAAAAAAAUAAAAAUAAUGUAUGUAGUCGCUCUGGAUAAGAGCAUCUGCUAAAUGACUAAAAUGUAAAAAUAAUACGGUCGCCAUUUGAUUGAGAUAUUUUAGGUCGGGUGAACAGAAGGACUCGAGUUCCUGUAUGUUACUACAAUUACACCAUGAGUUAUUAAUCAUGAAACACACACCUCCGCCCUUCUGCUUCCCGGAGAGAGAUUUAUUUCUGUCUGCGCAAUGAACUGAGAACCCAUCUGGCUGGACCGAUUUGGACAGAAUAUCCCCAAAGAGCCUUGUUUCAGUGAAACAGAAUAUGUUACAGGCCCUGAUUUCUAUCUGGAAGGAAAUCCUUGCACGGAGCUCGUCGACUUUGUUAUCCAAAGACUGAACAUUAGCUUGUAGUAUACUUGGAAGCGGUGGGUCGUGAGCGCGCCUCCUAUGUCGAACCAGCAGGCCUCUCCGAGUGCCUAUCUUCCACCAGCGAUGUUUUGGUCAGCCGCUGUUUGUUUUUACUCCUGAACUUCCUCAACCUCUCUGAUCAUUUUCAUGAUGUCCAUCCGGUUUGCUUCUAUAUGCCAUAUCUUUGCUUUGCUCGUGUUUCUUGGCCCAAGCAGGUCUCUUCUUAUUAUUGGUGUCCUUUAGUAGUGGUUUCUUUGCAGCAAUUCGACCAUGAAGGCCUGACUCACACAGUCCCCUCUGAACAGUUGAUGUUGAGAUGUCUGUGACUUGAACUCUGUGAAGUAUUUAUUUGGGCUGCAAUUUCUGAGACUGGUAACUCUAAUGAACUUAUCCUCUGCAGCAGAGGUAACUCUGGGUCUUCCAUUCCUGUGGUGGUCCUCAUGAGAGCCAGUUUCAUCAUAGUGCUUGAUGGUUUUUGCGACUGCACUUGAAGAAACUUUUAAAGUUCUUGAAAUGUUCCUUAUUGACUGACCUUCAUGUCUUAAAGUAAUGAUGGACUGUUGUUUCUCUUUGCUUAUUUGAGCUUUUCUUGCCAUAAUAUGGACUUGGUCUUUUACCAAAUAGGGCUAUCUUCUGUAUACCCCCCCUACCUUGUCACAACACAACUGAUUGGCUCGAACACAUUAAGAAGGAAAGAAAUUCCACAAAUUAACUUUUAAGAAGGCACACCUCUUAAUUUAAAUGUAUUCCAGGUGACUACCUCAUGAAGCUGGUUGAGAGAAUACCAAGAGUGUGCAAAGCUGUCGUCAAGGCAAAGGGUGGCUACUUUGAAGAAUCUAAAAUAUAUUUUAAACACUUUUUUGGCUACUACAUGAUUCCAUAUGUGUUAUUUCAUAGUUUUGAUGUCUUCACUAUUAUUCUACAAUGUAGAAAAUAGUACAAAUAUAGAAAAACCCUUUAAUGAGUAGGUGUGUCCAAACGUUUGACUGGUUCUUUGUGUGUGUAUGUAUGUAUAUGUGUAUAUAUAUAUUUUUUUUAAAUUCAAACACAGGGUGUGUCUAUAUAUGGAAAAAUACGCCUUUUGAAAACUUGAUUGGUCAAAUGAAGACUGCUCUCGGUCAACCCAAACGUUACAUUUUUUGGUCAGACUGCCCUAGCCAACUCAAUGCUAGUUCUCUUUUUGCAGACUAUCAACAGUAGCCAGCAUGUUGCUGAUAUGUUCACUAUUGAAGGUCUCAGCCAGUAGAUUUAUUAUUUUUGCUUUGGACAGCUCACGUGCUGUGUGACGGCAUCGCCUCAUGUACUGCUCGAGAAGUACAUGACAAGCUAUAUCAGCUGAUGAAAUCAAUGGCGAGGGAUUAUAUAGAGAGAUGUCGUUUAGUUCUUCUAACCUUCUACCUGUCUAUCAGUCUGUCUGCCCCAGGUCCGCAGUGAGUCUGUGUCUGCCCCAGGUAGACAAUGCUCACAAAUGGUAAAAUACAUUUGAAAUAUUGAUAAGCGUCAGUUGGGAGGUAGAGUGGGCAUCGUCUUAAUGCUAAUUUUGUCGGAAACACUUACGGCCUCGAGUGAUCACUAUCGAACACAUCAGCAAGUGGCCACUCCAUGAAGGGCUCAGGGCCCACAGGUUCAGUUUGAGAUGGAGCCUAUGAUUGCCCCCUAGUGGUCGUACUCAAUAGGACCGUAUUCUGCACUGUUCUCCAUCGUUUUAAUGGACGCUGAUUUUGUCCGUUUGUCACAUCCCUAGUGUGUGUGGUAUUCAUUGUGUGUGUGUGUGUGGUAUUCAUGGUGUGUGUGUGUGUGUGUGGUAUUCAUGGUGUGUGUGGUAUUCAUGGUGUGUGUGUGUGUGUGUGUGUGGUAUUCAUGUGUGUGUUGUGUGUGUGUGUGUGUGUGGGUAUUCAAUGGUGUGUGUGUGUGUGUGUGUUGUGUGGUAUUCAUUGGUGUGUGUGUGUGUGUGGUAUUCAUGGUGUGGUGUGUGUGUGUGUGUGGUAUUCAUGGUGUGUGGUGGUAUUACAUGGUUGUGUGGUGUUUGUGUGGUAUUCAUGGUGUGUGUGUGUGUGUGGUAUUCAGUGUGUUGUGGUAUUGUGUGGUGUGUGUGAGUAUUCAUGGUGUGUGUGUGUGGUAUUCAUGGGUGUGUGUGUGGUGGUGGUAUUCAUGGUGUGUGUGUGGAUUCAUUUUGUUGUUGUGUUUGUGUGGGGUGGUAUUCAUGUUGUGUGUGGUAUUCAUGGUGUGUGUUGUGGUAUUCAGGGUUUGGGUUGUGUGUGUUGUGUGGUAUUCAUGGUGUGUGGUGGGGUAUUCAUGGUGUGUGUGGGUAUUAAAUGGUUUUGUUUGUUUUUUGUAUUCAUGGUGUGUGUGGUAUUCAUGGUGUGUGGAUUCAUGGUGUGGGUGUGUGUUGUGGUGGUAUUCAUUGGUUUGUUGGGUGUGUUGUGGUGUGGUGUGUGUGUGUGGAAAUUCAUUUUGUGUGGGAAAUUCAGUGUGUGUGGUUUUCAUGUGUGUUUUGUGGUUUUCAUGGUUUUGGGGUGUGUGGUUCAGGUGUGUGGGGUGGUAUUCAGGGUGUUGGUGUUUUGGGUAUUCAGGGUUUGUGUUGUGUGUGUGUGUGUGUUUGGCUCAGGUGAGCGUUAUGAACCACCAGACAGAGAGGGCUGUAGCUGUGGGGGUUUCAUGGGGGUUGGGGUGUGUGUGGUCUCAGGGUGGGCUGUUGGUGAACCGCGACGGGGGGCUGUAGCGGUGUGGUAUUCAUGGUGUGUGUGUGUGUCUCAGGGUGAGGCUUUAGUGAACGACAGACGGAGGGCUGUAUGCGGUGUGGUAUUCAUGUGUGUUUUGUGGGGUGGUAUUUCAUGGUGUGUUUUGGUUUUGUUUGUCUCGGGGGUGAGGUUUGUUAGUGAACCGACAGACAGGAGAAGCUGUAGCGGUGAAGGUCAUUGAUACGUCUCAGGGGAAGGAGUGUUCUGAGAACGUCAAGAAAGAGAUCUGCAUCAACAAGGUACCUAUCUCUGUCUUAUGCCUGUCUCCCUGUCUGGUAUACCUGCCAUCCUGCCUGCCUGUCUGGUCUGGUCUGGUCUGGCCUGUCUCCCUGUCUGGUAUACCUGCCUGCCUGUCUGUCUGGUAGGUCUGUCUGUCUGACCUAUGUCUUUGUCCUUUAUUUAUGAUAUUUAAAAAUUAUAUAUUGGUCAUCGAUGAUUAUUUUUUGCUUUCUCAUGGACUUCUGGUUGUGUGUUACAGGUUCUGUCCCACCCUAACAUAGUGCGUUUCUUCGGCCACCGGAGGGAGGGGCCGACUGUCUAUCUGUUCCUGGAGUACUGCAGUGGAGGAGAGCUAUUCGACAGGAUUGGUGAGACUGACAGUGCCAGCAGCCAAUCACAACACUGGAGAGAGGAUUCAAUCAGCCAAUCACAGGCUGGGGGCCAUCUCACACUGAAACAACUCUCUCUCUCUCUCUCCUCUCCCUCUCAGAGCCUGAUUUGGGGAUGCCAGAGAGAGAAGCUCACAGGUUUUUCCAGCAGUUGAUAGCAGCUGUGGUGAGUGACAGUUACCGAGGAGGGUUAGAGGUCGGAGUGAAGGGGUCUACGGAGCGUAGCGCGGAGUUGGUUUGGUGGAUAUACUAGAUUUAAUCUCCUUCUCCCUCCCCCCUCUCUCCUUCUCCCUCCCCUUCUCUCCUUCUCCCUCCCUCUCCCCCUCUCUCCUUCCCCCUCCCCUCUCUCCUUCUCCCUCCCCCCUUCUCCUUCAUCCCCCCCCCCUCUCACCGUCUCCCUCCCCCUUCUCCUCCCCCUCCCCUCCCCUCCCCUCUCCCUCCUCCCCUCCCCCCUCUCCUUCCUCCUCCCCCCUCUCUCCUUCUCCCUCCCCCUUCUCUCCUUCUCCCUCCCUUCCCUCUCUCUCCCCCUCUUUCCUUCUCCCUCCCCCCUCUCCUUCUCCUCUCCCUCCCCCUCCUCCUUCCUCCCGACCCCCCUCUCUCCUUCUUCCCUCUCCCCUCUCUCCUUUCUCUCCCUCUCCCCUCUCAUCCUUCUCCUCCCCCCUCUCUGCCUUGUCUCCCUCCCCCCUCUGUCCUUCCCCUCUCCCGAUUCUCCCUCCACCCUCUCUCCUUCUCCUCCCCCCUCUCUCACCCUCCUCCCCCCUCUCUCCAUCUCCCUCCCCCUCUCUCCUUUCACUCCCCCUCUUCGCCCUUCCCCCUCCCCUCCCUCCCCCCUCUUCUCCUCACCCCCUCGCUAAUUCUCCACUAACCCCUUCUCCCUCCCCCCUCUCUCCUUCUCCCUCCCCCUCUCUAGGAGUAUCUCCACAGUGUAGGUAUCACCCACAGAGACAUCAAGCCUGAGAACAUUCUACUGGACGAUAAAGGUGUGUGUGUGUUUGACUGAGUGUGUGCUGGAAGUUGUGCUAAUUUUAUUUUGACAUAAUGGUGUAUACUGUGUUCUGUGUUCUGUUGUGUGUUCUGUGUUCUGUGUUCUGUUGUGUGUAGAUAACCUAAAGUUGUCAGACUUCGGUCUCGCUACGAUGUUCCGUCACCGUGGGCGAGAGCGGCGUCUGAACAGGCUUUGUGGAACGCUGCCGUACGUCGCGCCUGAGCUGCUCAGCAAAUUAGAGUUCAGCGCUCAACCAGCUGACGUCUGGGCCUGUGGCAUCGUCCUCACUGCCAUGUUGGCUGGCGGUAGGGGUGGUGUGUGUGUGUGGUGUGUGUGACGUUGUCAUUGGAAGGUUGUAGAGUUGCUCUGGAACCUCUGUGUGUGUGUGUGUGUGUGACAGAGUUGCUAUGGUUACAGAGUUGCCAUGGGACCAGCCCAGCGAGAGCUGCCAGGAGUAUUCUGAUUGGCUGCAGAAGAAGACCUACCUCUCCCCCUGGAAGAAGGUUACACACACCCCCCUCAGUAAGACACACCCCCCUCAGUAAGACACACCCCCCUCAGUAAGACACACCCCCCUCAGUAAGACACACCCCCCUCAGUAAGACACACCCCCCUCAGUAAGACACACCCCCUCAGUAAGACACCACCCCCCCUCAGUAAGACACCCCCCCCCUCAGUAAGACACUGUAACUACUAUAGGCCAGUCCAGAACAGUGUCUCAGUCUAAACUCCAUGGUUCUAUAUGUGUGUGUAUAUGUGUAUAUAUAUAUAUAUAUAUAUAUAUAUAUAUAUAUAUUAAUUACACACAUUCUACUGUUCAAAAGUUUGGGGUCACUUAGAAAUGUCCUUGUUUUCCAUGUAAACAUACAUGAAAUGAGUUUGAAAUGUAGUCAUUGACAAGGUUAGAAAUAAUGAUUUUUAAUUGAAAUAAUAAUUGUGUCCUUCAAACUUUGCUUUCAUCAAAUAAUCCUGAUGGGCACUUCUUACGUACCAUACGGUCAAGCUGCUCCCACAACAGCUCAAUAGGGUUGAGAUCCGGUGACUGUGCUGGCCACUCCAUUAUAGACAGAAUACCAGCUGACUGCUUCUUCCCGAAAUAGUUAUUGCAUAGUUUGGAGCUGUGCUUUGGGUCAUUGUCCUGUUGUAGGAGGAAAUUGGCUCCAAUCAAGCGCCGUCCACAGGGUAUGGCGUUGCAAAAUGGAGUGAUAGCCUUCCUUCUUCAAGAUCCCUUUUACCCUGUACAAAUCUCCCACUUUACCACCACCAAAGCACCCCCAGACCAUCACAUUGCCUCCACCAUGCUUGACAGAUGGCAUCAAGCACUCCUCCAGCAUCUUUUCAUUUGGUCUGUGUCUCACAAAUGUUCUUCUUUGUGAUCCGAACACCUCAAACUUCGGUUCGUCUGUCCAUAACACUUUUUUCCAAUCUUCCUCUGUCCAGUGUCUGUGUUCUUUUGCCCAUCUUAAUCUUUUCUUUUUAUUGGCCAGUCUGAGAUAUGGCUUUUUCUUUGCAACUCUGCCUAGAAGGUCAGCAUCCCGGAGUCGUCUCUUCACUGUUGACGUUGAGACUGGUGUCUUGCGGGUACUAGUUAAUGAAGCUGCCAGUUGAGGACCUGUGAGGCGUCUGUUUCUCAAACUAAACUCUAAUGUAUUUGUCCUCUUGCUCAGUUGUGCACCGGGGCCUCCCACUCCUCUUUCUAUUCUGGUUAGAGCCAGUAUGCGCUGUUCUGUGAAGGGAGUAGUACAUAGCGUUGUACGAGAUCUUCAGUUUCUUGGCAAUUUCUCGCAUGGAAUAGCCUUCAUUUCUCAGAACAAGAAUAGACUGACGAGUUUCAGAAGAAAGUUAUUUGUUUCUGGCCAUUUUGAGCCUGUAAUCGAACCCACAAUUGCUGAUGCUCCAGAUACUCAACUAGUCUCAAGAAGGCCAGUUUUAUUGCUUCUUUAAUCAGCACAACAGUUUUCAGCUGUGCUAACAUAAUUGCAAAAGGGUUUUCUAAUGAUCAAUUAGCCUUUUAAAAUGAUAAACUUGGAUUAGCAAACACAACGUGCCAUUGGAACACAGGACUGAUGGUUGCUGAUAAUGGGCCUCUGUACGCCUAUAUUCCAUAAAAAAACAGCCGUUUCCAGCUACAAUAGCCAUUUACAACAUUAACAAUGUCUACACUGUAUUUCUGAUCAAUAUGAUGUUAUUGGAUGAAAAAAUUGCUUUUCUUUCAAAAACAAGGACAUUUCUAAGUGACCCAAACCUUUGAACGGUAGUGUGUCAAAAGUUUGGACACACCUACUCAUUCAAGGGUUUUUCUUUAUUUUUACAAUUUUUUACAUUGUAGAAUAAUAGUGAAGACAUCCAAACUAUGAAAUAACACAUAUGGAAUCAUGUAGUAACCAAAAAAGUGUUAAACAAAUCAAAAUAUAUUUGAGAUUCUUCAAAGUAGCCACCCUUUGCCUUGAUGACAGCUUUGCACACUCUUGGCAUUCUCUCAACCAGCUUCAUGAGGUAGUCACCUGGAAUGCAUUUCAAUUAACAGGUGUGCCUUGUUAAAAGUUAAUUUGUGGAAUUUCUUAAUGCGUUUGAGCCAAUCAGUUGUGUUGUGACAAGGUAGGGUGGGUAUACAGAAGAUAGCCCUAUUUGGUAAAAGACCAAGUCCAUAUUAUGGCAAGAACAGUUCAAAUAAGCAAAGAGAAAUGACAGUCCAUCAUUACUUUAAGACAUGAAGGUCAGUCAAUACAGAACAUUUCAAGAACUUUGAAAGUUUCUUCAAGUGCAGUCGCAAAAACCAUCAAGCGCUAUGAUGAAACUGGCUCUCAUGAGGACCGCCACAGGAAAGGAAGACCCAGAGUUACCUCUGCUGCAGAGGAUAAGUUCAUUAGAGUUACCAGCCUCAGAAAUUGCAGCCCAAAUAAAUGCUUCACAGAGUUCAAGUAACAGACACAUCUCAACAUCAACUGUUCAGAGGAGACUGUGUGAAUCAGGCCUUCAUGGUCGAAUUGCUGCAAAGAAACCACUACUAAAGGACUCCAAUAAGAAGGGACCUGCUUGAGCCAAGAAACAUGAGCAAUGGACAUUAGACCGGUGGAGUCCAAAUUGGUAUUUUGUGAGACGCGGUGUGGGUGAACGGAUGAUCUCCGCAUGUGUAGUUCCCACCGUGAAGCAUGGAGGAGGAGGUGUUAUGGUGUGGGGGUGCUUUGCUGGUGACACUGUCUGUGAUUUAUUUAGAAUUCAAGGUCCACUUAACCAGCAUGGCUACCACAGCAUUCUGCAGCGAUACUCUAUCCCAUCUGGUUUGGGCUUAGUGGGACUAUCAUUUGUUUUUCAACAGGACAAUGACCCAACACACCUCCAGGCUGUAUAAGGGCUAUUUUACCACGAAGGAGAGUGAUGGAGUGCUGCAUCAGAUGACCUGGCCUCCACAAUCCCCCAACCUCAACCCAAUUGAGAUGGUUUGGGAUGAGUUGGACUGCAGAGUGAAGGAAAAGCAGCCAACAAGUGCUCAGCAUAUGUGGGAACUCUUUCAAGACUGUUGGAAAAGCGUUCCAGGUGAAGCUGGUUGAGAGAAUGCCAAGAGUGUGCAAAGCUGUCAUCAAGGCAAAGAGUGGCUAUUUGAAGAAUCUCAAAUAUAACAAAUCAAAAUAUAUUUUAAACACUUUUUUUGUUUACUACAUGAUUCCAUAUGUGUUAUUUCAUAGUUUUGAUGUCUUCACUAUUAUUCUACAAUGUAAAAAAUUGUAAAAAAUAAAGAAAAACCUUAACUUUUGACUGGUACUGAACAGCAUGUGUGUGUGUGUGUGUGUAUAUAUGUGUGUGUAUAUAUAUAUAUAUAUAUAUAUACACACACACACACACAUAUAUACACACACACACACAGUGGGGGAAAAAAGUAUUUAGUCAGCCACCAAUUGUGCAAGUUCUCCCAUUUAAAAAGAUGAGAGAGGCCUGUAAUUUUCAUCAUAGGUACAUGUCAACUAUGACAGACAAAUUGAGGAGAAAAAAAUCCAGAAAAUCACAUUGUAGGAUUUUUAAUGAAUUUAUUUGCAAAUUAUGGUGGAAAAUAAGUAUUUGGUCACCUACAAACAAGCAAGAUUUCUGGCUCUCACAGACCUGUAACAACUUCUUUAAGAGGCUCCUCUGUCCUCCACUCGUUACCUGUAUUAAUGGCACCUGUUUGAACUUGUUAUCAGUAUAAAAGACACCUGUCCACAACCUCAAACAGUCACACUCCAAACUCCACUAUGGCCAAGACCAAAGAGCUGUCAAAGGACACCAGAAACAAAAUUGUAGACCUGCACCAGGCUGGGAAGACUGAAUCUGCAAUAGGUAAGCAGCUUGGUUUGAAGAAAUCAACUGUGGGAGCAAUUAUUAGGAAAUGGAAGACAUACAAGACCACUGAUAAUCUCCUCGAUCUGGGGCUCCACGCAAGAUCUCACCCCGUUGGGGUCCAAAAUGAUCACAAGAACGGUGAGCAAAACAUCCCAGAACCACACAGGGGGGACCUAGUGAAUGACCUGCAGAGAGCUGGGACCAAAGUAACAAAGCCUACCAUCAGUUAACACACUACGCCGCCAGGGACUCAAAUCCUACAGUGCCAGACGUGUCCCCCCUGCUUAAGCCAGUACAUGUCAAGGCCCGUCUGAAGUUUGCUAGAGUGCAUUUGGAUGAUCCAAAGAGGAUUGGGAGAAUGUCAUAUGGUCAGAUGAAAACCAAAAUAUAACUUUUUGGUAAAAACCUCAACUCGUCGUGUUUGGAGGACAAAGAAUGCUGAGUUGCAUCCAAAGAACACCAUACCUACUGUGAAGCAUGGGGGGUGGAAACAUCAUGCUUUGGGGCUGUUUUCUGCAAAGGGACUAGGACCAACUGAUCCGUGUAAAGGAAAGAAUGAAUGGGGCCAUGUAUCGUGAGAUUUUGAGUGAAAACCUCCUUCCAUCAGCAAGGGCAUUGAAGAUGAAACGUGGCUGGGUCUUUCAGCAUGACAAUGAUCCCAAAACACACCGCCCGGGCAACGAAGGAGUGGCUUCGUAAGAAGCAUUUCAAGGUCCUGGAGUGGCCUAGCCAGUCUCCAGAUCUCAACCCCAUAGAAAAUCUUUGGAGGGAGUUGAAAGUCUGUGUUGCCCAGCGACAGCCCCAAAACAUCACUGCUCUAGAGGAGAUCUGCGUGGAGGAAUGGGCCAAAAUACCAACAACAGUGUGUGAAAACCUUGUGAAGACUUACAGAAAACGUUUGACCUGUGUCAUUGCCAACAAAGGGUAUAUAACAAAGUAUUGAGAAACGUUUGUGAUUGACCAAAUACUUAUUUUCCACCAUAAUUUGCAAAUAAAUUCAUUAAAAAUCCUACAAUGUGAUUUUCUGGAUUUUUAAAAAUCAUUUUGUCUGUCAUAGUUGACGUGUACCUAUGAUGAAAAUUACAGGCCUCUCUCAUCUUUUUAAGUGGGAGAACUUGCACAAUUGGUGGCUGACUAAAUACUUUCCCCCCCCCCACUUUGUGUGUGUAUAUAUAUAUAUUUUAUUUCUUUUUUGGAUGUGUGUCUCUUUAGGUCUGCUAUCUAAGCUGCUCCGGGCCUUGCCAGAAGAGAGGCUGUCUAUAUCUGAACUCAAGACCGAUCCAUGGUUCAGUCAGACCCUCACAUCCUCAUCCUCUCACAGCAAACUACUGUGCUCCGACACACAACUACACAGGAACAACAGGUGGGUUAGACCCUCACAUCCUCAUCCUCUCACAGCAAACUACUGUGCUCCGACACACAACUACACAGGAACAACAGGUGGGUUAGACCCUCACAUCCUCAUCCUCUCACAAUAAACUACUGUGCUCCGACACACAACUACACAGGAACAACAGGUGGGUCAGACCCUCACAUCCUCAUCCUCUCACAGCAAACUACUGUGCUCCGACACACAACUACACAGGAACAACAGGUGGGUUAGACCCUCACAUCCUCAUCCUCUCACAACAAACUACUGUGCUCCGACACACAACUACACAGGAACAACAGGUGGGUUAGACCCUCACCAUCCUCAUCCUCUCACAACAAACUACUGUGCUCCGACACACAACUACACAGGAACAACAGGUGGGUUCAGACCCUCACAUCCUCAUCCUCUCACAAUAAACUACUGUGCUCCGACACACAACUACACAGGAACAACAGGUGGGUCAGACCCUCACAUCCUCAUCCUCUCACAACAAACUACUGUGCUCCGACACACAACUACACAGGAACAACAGGUGGGUUAGACCCUCACAUCCUCAUCCUCUCACAAUAAACUACUGUGCUCCGACACACAACUACACAGGAACAACAGGUGGGUUAGACCCUCACAUCCUCAUCCUCUCACAGCAAACUACUGUUGCUCCGACACACAACUACACAGGAACAACAGGUGGGUUAGACCCUCACAUCCUCAUCCUCUCACAGCAAACUACUGUGCUCCGACACACAACUACACAGGAACAACAGGUGGGUUAGACCCUCACAUCCUCAUCCUCUCACAGCAAACUACUGUGCUCCGACACACAACUACACAGGAACAACAGGUGGGUUAGACCCUCACAUCCUCAUCCUCUCACAGCAAAACUACUGUGCUCCGACACACAACUACACAGGAACAACAGGUGGGUUAGACCCUCACAUCCUCAUCCUCUCACAGCAAACUACUGUGCUCCGACACACAAACUACACAGGAACAACAGGUGGGUUAGACCCUCACAUCCUCAUCCUCUCACAACAAACUACUGCGCUCCGACACACAACUACACAGGAACAACAGGUGGGUUAGACCCUCACAUCCUCAUCCUCUCACAACAAACUACUGUGCUCCGACACACAACUACACAGGAACAACAGGUGGGUUAGACCCUCACAUCCUCAUCCUCUCACAAUAAACUACUGUGCUCCGACACACAACUACACAGGAACAACAGGUGGGUUAGACCCUCACAUCCUCAUCCUCUCACAACAAACUACUGCGCUCCGACACACAACUACACAGGAACAACAGGUGGGUUAGACCCUCACAUCCUCAUCCUCUCACAACAAACUACUGUGCUCCGACACACAACUACACAGGAACAACAGGUGGGUUAGACCCUCACAUCCUCAUCCUCUCACAACAAACUACUGUGCUCCGACACACAACUACACAGGAACAACAGGUGGGUUAGACCCUCACAUCCUCAUCCUCUCACAGCAAACUACUGUGCUCCGACACACAACUACACAGGAAACAACAGGUGGGUUAGACCCUCACAUCCUCAUCCUCUCACAAUAAACUACUGUGCUCCGACACACAACUACACAGGAACAACAGGUGGGUUAGACCCUCACAUCCUCAUCCUCUCACAGCAAACUACUGUGCUCCGACACACAACUACACAGGAACAACAGGUGGGUUAGACCCUCACAUCCUCAUCCUCUCACAACAAACUACUGUGCUCCGACACACAACUACACAGGAACAACAGGUGGGUUAGACCCUCACAUCCUCAUCCUCUCACAAUAAACUACUGUGCUCCGACACACAACUACACAGGAACAAACAGGUGGGUUAGACCCUCACAUCCUCAUCCUCUCACAAUAAACUACUGUGCUCCGACACACAACUACACAGGAACAACAGGUGGGUUUAGACCCUCACAUCCUCAUCCUCUCACAAUAAACUACUGUGCUCCGACACACAACUACACAGGAACAACAGGUGGGUUAGACCCUCACAUCCUCAUCCUCUCACAGCAAACUACUGUGCUCCGACACACAACUACACAGGAACAACAGGUGGGUUAGACCCUCACAUCCUCAUCCUCUCACAACAAACUACUGUGCUCCGACACACAACUACACAGGAACAACAGGUGGGUCAGACCCUCACAUCCUCAUCCUCUCACAACAAACUACUGUGCUCCGACACACAACUACACAGGAACAACAGGUGGGUUAGACCCUCACAUCCUCAUCCUCUCACAACAAACUACUGUGCUCCGACACACAACUACACAGGAACAACAGGUGGGUCAGACCCUCACAUCCUCAUCCUCUCACAAUAAACUACUGUGCUCCGACACACAACUACACAGGAACAACAGGUGGGUUAGACCCUCACAUCCUCAUCCUCUCACAACAAACUACUGUGCUCCGACACACAACUACACAGGAACAACAGGUGGGUUAGACCCUCACAUCCUCAUCCUCUCACAAUAAACUACUGUGCUCCGACACACAACUACACAGGAACAACAGGUGGGUUAGACCCUCACAUCCUCAUCCUCUCACAAUAAACUACUGUGCUCCGACACACAACUACACAGGAACAACAGGUGGGUUAGACCCUCACAUCCUCAUCCUCUCACAAUAAACUACUGUGCUCCGACACACAACUACACAGGAACAACAGGUGGGUUAGACCCUCACAUCCUCAUCCUCUCACAACAAACUACUGUGCUCCGACACACAACUACACAGGAACAACAGGUGGGUUAGACCCUCACAUCCUCAUCCUCUCACAACAAACUACUGUGCUCCGACACACAACUACACAGGAACAACAGGUGGGUUAGACCCUCACAUCCUCAUCCUCUCACAAUAAACUACUGUGCUCCGACACACAACUACACAGGAACAACAGGUGGGUUAGACCCUCACAUCCUCAUCCUCUCACAAUAAACUACUGUGCUCCGACACACAACUACACAGGAACAACAGGUGGGUUAUGUUACAACUAUGUUAUGGUGUUUGUCUAAUGUUGCUAAGGGCGGCAGGUAACCUAGCGAUUACAGUCACUGAACGGUUGCUAGUUCGAAUCCCAGAGCCGACAAUGUACAACAACUACCGAUGUGCCCUUGAGCAAGACACUUAACCCUCAUUUCUCCAGGGUCGCCGUUGAUGGCAGACCCUGGCCGUGACCCCACUCUCCGAGGGUGUCUCGGGGAGUUGGGAGCAGCGGAUUAAUGGUGUGUGUGCGUGUGUGUGUGUGCGUGUGUGUGUGUGUGUGUGUGUGUGUGUAGUGACAGGGUGCAGUUCUCCAGCUCCCAGCCAGACCCAGCGCUGGGUGUGUGUGUGUGGGAAGGAAGUGUUUGUGUCGGAGGGGCAGUCCAGGUCAGCUUCUCUCAGCCGGCCAGACCAGACAACAUGCUGCUGGGGAGUCAACUACUGGGCACACCUGGAGCCAGCCAGGUAACACACACACACCUGGAGCCAGCCAGGUAACACACACACACCUGGAGCCAGCCAGGUAACACACACACACCUGGAGCCAGCCAGGUAACACACACACACCUGGAGCCAGCCAAGGUAACACACACACCACCUGGAGCCAGCAGGUAACACACACACACCUGGAAGCCAGCCAGGUUGGUAACACACACACACCUGGAGCCAGCCAGGUAACACAACACCCCCUGGAGCCAGCCAUGGUAACACAACACACACCUGGAGCAAGCCAGGUAACACACACAACACACCUGGAGCCAGCAGGUAACACACACCACACACCUGGAGCCAGCCAGGUAACACACACACACCCUGGAGCCAGCCAGGUAACACACACACACACCUGGAGCCAGCCAGGUAACACACAACACACCUGGAGCCAGCCAGGUAACACACACACACACCUGGAGCCAGCCAGGUAACACACACACACACCUGGAGCCAGCCAGGUAACACACACACACACCUGGAGCCAGCCAGGUAACACACACACACACCUGGAGCCAGCCAGGUACACACACACACACCUGGAGCCACCAGGGUAACACACACCACACACCUGGAGCCAGCCAGGUAACACACACACUGUAUACACACACACACACACACACACACACACACGCUGUAUACACACACACAUAUACACACACACACACCGAGUCAAUGUGCAGGAGGCGAUAUACAGGAGGGACCGAUAUACAGGAGGGACCGAUAUACAGGUGGUACCGGUACCGAGUCAAUGUGCGGGAGGCUAUAUACAGGAGGUACCGGUACCGAGUCAAUGUGCAGGAGGCUAUAUACAGGUGGUACCGGUACCGAGUCAAUGUGCAGGGGUAAAGGUUGGUUGAGGUAACUGUUUGGCCUGGCCGGAGGAACCCCUGAGAGUCUGGGCUGCAUCACGUUAGCUUCCCGCUCACGCUGCACAGAAUGAAUACAUGUAAUGAUAUUUAACUCAAAAGAUGCCCAACGAUUGAACAGAGCAGUAGCUGAGUUUAACUCAAAAGAUGCCCAACGAUUAAACAGAGCAGUAGCUGAGUUUAUCUGUCUGGAUCAAGUGGCAUUCUGGGACUUUGGCUAAUACGCUUUUUUUUGCCUUGAUAUCGUUUUGGUAUCGAGGAUUGUGAUGGUAUUAAGUAUCGUGAUACUAAACCUUGUAUCGCUAUCGAAGGCAAAAUUCUGGUAUCGUGACACACACACACACACACACCCACACCCACACACACACACACACACACGCGUAAUAGCUGUAUUCAUAAUGUAGAACUCACAUGACAGUAAACUAACCAUCUCUACCUACUGAGAUACACAGGUCCACAUUACAGUAAACUAACCAUCUCUACCUACUGAGAUACACAGGUCCCUUUACAGUAAACAAACCAUCUCUACCUACUGAGAUACACAGGUCCACAUUACAGUAAACUAACCAUCUCACCUACUGAGAUACACAGGUCCACAUUACGGGUAAACUAACCAUCUCUACCUACUGAGAUACACAGGCCCAAACAUUACAGUAAAUAACCAUUCCUACCUACUGAGAUACACGGGCCCACUUUACAGUAAAUAACCAUCUCUACUACUGAGAUCAAAGGUCCACAUUACAGUAACUAACCAUCUCUACCUACUGAGAUACACAGGCCCACAUUACAGUAAAACUAACCAUCUCUACCUACGAGAUACACAGGUCCACAUUACAGUAAAUAACCAUCUCUACCUACUGAGAACCAGGUCCACUUACAGUAAACUAACCAUCUCUACAAUGAGAUAACACAGGUCCACUUUACAGUAAACUAACCAUCUCUACCUACUGAGAUACACAGGUCCACAUACAGUAAAACUAACCAUCCUACCUACUGAGAUACACAGGCCCCACAUUACAGUAAACAACCAUCUCUACCUACUGAGAUACACAGGUCCAAUUACAGUAACUAACCCUUAGCCACGAGAAACACAGGUCCACAUUACAGUAAACACACCUCCUGGAUCACAGCCACUUAAGUAACAACCAUCACCCGGGAGAUACACAGGCCACUCAGUAAACACCACCACCUAUGAGAUACACAUCACACAUUCAGUAACACAACCAUCCUGGACCACUAGAAUACACACCACAUUACAGUAACUAACCAUCUCACCACUGGAUACCAGGUCCAAAACAAACACAUUUACCAUGAGAUACACACACAUUACGUAACACUACCAUCUCACACUGGAGCACCAGGUCACAACAGAAACAACCACUCACCUGAGCACAGGUCCACAACAGUAAACACACCACCACUGAGCCAGCCCAUUAGUAACACACCACUCUACCUGGAGCCGGGCCAUGGUAACAACCACCACCACUGGAUACCAGGUCCACAUACAAACAAACCAUCCUACCUCCCUGUAUACACCACCACAUUACUAACAACCACACCACAAACCGAGUCCACAUUACAGAAGGCUAUCAUCUACGUAGGGAGAUAUACAGGAGGUCCGACAUACAGUAAGUAACCUGCAAACCUACGAGAUACACAGGCCGCAAUUACAGUACCAAACCAUUCAAUGUGCACAGGCUAUUACAGUAACCCAAACCGAUCUCACCAUGGCAGGGUCCACAGUUGCGUAAGUAACCUCUUUACCUAGCCGAGAACAUCCCCUGAAGAUACUCUGUCCUCUAAUCACAGGUCACUUCCGUCUAACAGCUCACACUGAAUACACAUGUCAAUUGACAUUUAAACUAACCAUUCACCUACUGAGAACAAGGUCCACUGACAGUAACUACCACUCCCACGAUACACAAGGCAUUAGUAAACUGAAGUUUACUUCUGGAUCAAGGGUUCGGACAUUAGCUAAUACCCAUUUUUUUACCUCUGAUAUCGUAUUACGUAUCGCACUCUAUAUGAGAUCAAUGUAAGUACGUGAAACUAACCAUUCGUCGCUACGAGAUAAAUGUCUGAUCGUGAAACAACCACUACACCACAGACCACACACCACAACAACACAACCACUCUACUACUGGAUAUAAUGUCCACAUGACAUUAAGUAAACUAACCAUCUCUACCUACUGAGAUACACAGGUCCACAUUACAGUAAACUAACCCAUCUCGUACCUACUGAGAUACAACAGGUCCACAUUACAGUAAACUAACCAUCUCUACCUACUGAGAUACACAGGUCCCACCUUACAGUAAACUACCAGCUCUAACCCUACUGAGAAUACACAGGUCCCACAUUAACAGUAAACUAACCACCUCUACCUUACUGGAUACAAGGUCCACCUUACAGUAAAGCUAAGCCAUCUCUACCUACUGAGAUACACAGUGUCCACAUUACAGUAAACUAACCAUCUCUACCUACUGAGAUACCACAGGUCCACAUUACAGUAAACUAACCAUCUCUACCUACUGAGAUACACAGGUCCACAUUACAGUAAACUAACCAUCUCUACCUACUGAGAUACACAGGUCCACAUUACAGUAAACUAACCAUCUCUACCUACUGAGAUACACAGGUCCACAUUACAGUAAACUAACCAUCUCUACCUACUGAGAUACACAGGUCCACAUUACAGUAAACUAACCAUCUCUAUCUACUGAGAUACACAGGUCCACAUUACAGUAAACUAACCAUCUCUACCUACUGAGAUACACAGGUCCCACAUGACAGUAAACUAACCAUCUCUACCUACUGAGAUACACAGGUCCACAUUACAGUAAACUAACCAUCUCUACCUACUGAGAUACACAGGUCCACAUUACAGUAAACUAACCAUCUCUACCUACUGAGAUACACAGGUCCACAUUACAGUAAACUAACCAUCUCUACCUACUGAGAUACACAGGUCCACAUUACAGUAAACUAACCAUCUCUACCUACUGAGAUACACAGGUCCACAUUACAGUAAACUAACCAUCUCUACCUACUGAGAUACACAGGUCCACAUUACAGUAAACUAACCAUCUCUACCUACUGAGAUACCACAGGUCCACAUUACAGUAAACUAACCAUCUCUACCUACUGAGAUACACAGGUCCACAUUAAUGUAAACUGAACAUUUGUUGUAACAGGUUUUUACGUCACUUUCUAUUGGAUCCGGUUUGUGAUCCUUGUACCUCGUGAGUCACGGCCCCUUGUUUUCCUACUGAGAUGACACAGGUCCUUUAACGACUCUUACCUACAGCUUCCGGUCCGCUUACGAAACUAACCUUUAUCUACCUGGGCCACCACAUUAAUAACACCUCUCUACCUACUGAGUACACAUCACACUUCAAACACCCAUCCUGCACACGAACCAGGUAUACAAACUAAAGUACUGCUAAAACACCCUUAAAGAACGCUAACCUGUUUACAAGAGUAAAAGGACCCAACAUAACUACCUCCUCCUCUGAUACAGGAGUCCACAUAAGGUUCUAACCUCCUCCUCUGAUAUACCAGGGUAGUCCAGGCUACAGGUGGUCCUCUCCUCUCCUCUGAUAUCAGGUAUUCCAGGAAAACCCUCCUCCUACCUACUGAGAUACCAGGUCCACAUUGAAACUCCUCUCACUCUGUACGGAUCACAGGUGCUAAUUGUCUCCUCCUCCUACUGAGAUACACGGGUCCGACUUAAGGUAACUACCUCCUCCUCUGAGUAUCGGAGGUCCGACAUAAGUAACUCCAUCUCUCCUCUGAAGGGUACCAGGCCUACAUGGUCUCCUCCUCCUCUGAAUCGGGUAGUCCGGCUAAUGUCUCCUCCUACCUCUGAGAUAAGUCCACAUAAGGGGUCUCCUCUCUCCUCUGUAUCAGGUCCACUACGGGGUACUCCUCCUCCUCUGAGAUCAGGUCCCAUUGCGUCUCCUCCUCCUCUGUAAUCCAGUAGUCCACAUUACGGGGUAUCCUCUCUCCUCUGUUACACAGGUGCCAUUAAGGGGUAAACUCCUCCUCCUCGGGUACUCAGGUAGUCCAUGGCUACGGGGGUAACUCCUCCUCCUCUGAGAUCACGUAGUCCACUUACAGUAGCUCCUCCUCCUACUGUUACACGGGUCCACUAAGGUAAGGCUACUCCUCCUACGUUAUCACGGUUUCCGCAAUUGAGUCUACCUCCUCUCUACAGAGAUAGUCCACUACAGGUAAUCUACCUCUCCUCCUACGGAGAUCCAGGGCAAUUACGUCUACCUCCUCCUCUGAUACACAGGUCCCUUUAAAGGGGUAAACUCCUCUCUCCUCUGUUAUCACAGGUAUUACGGUAAGGUGGAUCUCCUCUCUCCUCUGUUAACAGGUUCCACUUAGGGUGGUCAUGACAUUUGUUUUAUCAGGGUAGUCAGGUUGCUAAGGGUUGUUCCUUGUACCCGUUAGUCAGGGUGUCCGGGGAUAAAGGUUUUACGUCUGCCUCCUUUCCUCUGUUUAUAGGAGUCACGUGUAUCGCUGGCCCCACCUUCCACCUUUGCAUCCAGGGUACCACGGCAACUUCUAACACCCUCUUUGUACCAGCCAGGUCAGGGGCACAAGGGCUCCCCCUCCCACGGGGUACCACAGGCUAACAGUGGUCUCCUUGUUAUCAGAGCCGGGGCACGGAUGGUCUCCUCCUCCUCUGUUAUCAGGGUAGUCCAGGGCUAAGGGUGGUCUCCUCCUCCUCCUCUGUUAUCAGGGUAGUCCAGGGCUAAGGGUGGUCUCCUCCUCCUCUGUUAUCAGGGUAGUCCGGGGCUAAGGGUGGCCCCUCCUCCUCUGUUAUCAGGGUAGUCCAGGGCUAAGGGUGGUCUCCUCCUCCUCUGUUAUCAGGGUAGUCCGGGGCUAAGGGUGGUCUCCUCCUCCUCCUCUGUUAUCAGGGUAGUCCGGGGCUAAGGGUGGUCCUCCUCCUCCUUCUGUUAUCAGGUAGUCCAGGCUAAGGGUGGUCUCCUCCUCCUCUGUUAUCAGGGUAGUCCGGGGCUAAGGGUGGUCUCCUCCUCCUCUGUUAUCAGGGUAGUCCGGGGCUAAGGGUGGGUCUCCUCCUCCUCCUCUGUUAUCAGGGUAGUCCAGUGCUAAGGGGGUCCCUCCUACCUACUAUGUGAUCAUGGGGGGUUUUUUUCAGUCCAGGGCUAAGGGUGGUCUCCUCCUCCUCUGUAUCAGGGUUAGGUCCAGGGCUAAGGGUGGUUCUCCUCCCCUCCUCCUGUUAUCAGGGUAGUACCAGGGCUCAAGGGGGUCUCCUCCGCCUCCUCUGUUAUCAGGGGUAGUCCGGGGCUAGGGUGGUCUCCUCCUUCCUCUGUUAUCAUGGGUAGUCCAGGGCUAAGGGUGGUCUCCUCCUCCUCUGUUAUCAGGGUAGUCCGGGGCUAAGGGUGGUCUAGUGGUUUUCCAUGUAGUAAUGAUGCCAUCACCAUGGUCACAAAUCUGCGCAUGCUUUUUUCUCUUGGGCAAUCAAACAGUGGUACAGCGAAGCCUAAUCAAUAUCUGACCUAUUUUAUUUUUGUAUUUGUUUUUUAAAUUAUUAUUAUUAUUAUUAUUAAUAAUAUUUUUUUAGGCCCACUGGUGCUCCCAAAUUAAAAUUAGUUUGAAAAAUAUGCCACCAUUUUGGUCUGUAGCUUUUUGUUUGCCCUGAAAUGUGCCUGGGAGGCAUCGCAAGCUCCAAAUAGGGUUUAUGAAUCAGCAAACUACCCCUUGUGGCGAAAGUAAGAACUGCCAUUGAACAUGUAUUUUCAAUCGAAUCAAUCAAAUGUAUUCAUGAAGCCCUUUUUACAUCAGCAGAUUUCACAAAGUGCUUGUACAGAAACCCAACCUAAAACUCCAAACAACAAGCGAUGCAGAUGUAGAAGCACGAUGGCAAGGAAAAACGCUCUAGAAAAAUGUAAAUAGUCCAGGUGGCCAUUUGAUUAAUUGUUUAGAAGUCUUAUGGCUUGGGGAUAGAAGCUGUUAAGGAGCCUUUUGGACCUAGACCUGACUCUCCGGUACCGCUUGCCGUGCGGCAGCAGAGAGAACAGUCUAUGACUUGGGUGGCUGGAUUCUUUGACAAUUUUUUGGGCCUUCCUCUGACACCGCCUGGUAUAGAGGUCCUGGAUAGCAGGAAGCUUGGCCCCAGUGAUGUACUGGGCCGUACGCACUACCCUCUAUAGUGCCUUGCGGUCGGAGGCCGAGCAGUUGCCAUACCAGGCGGUGAUGCAACCGGUCAGGAUGCUCUCGAUGGUGCAGCUGUAGAACCUUUUUGAGGAUCUGAGGACCCAUGCCAAAUCUUUUCAGUCUCCUGAGGGGGGAAAGGUGUUGUUGUGCCCUGAUCACGACUGUCUUGGUUUGUUUGGACCAUGAUAGUUUGUUGGUGAUGUGGACACCAAGGACCUUGAAACUCUCGACCCGCUCCACUACAGCCCCAGCGAUGAGAACGGGGGCGUGUUCAGCCCUCCUUGUCCUGUAGUCCACAAUCAUCUCCUUUGUCUUGCUCACGUUGAGGGAGAGGUUGUUUUCCUGGCACCACACUGCAAACACAGCAAAACUUAAUGAUGGUGUUGGAGUUGUACCUGGCCAUGCAGUCAUGUGUGAACAGGGAGUACAUGAGGGGACUGAGCACGCACCCCUGAGGGGCCCCCGUGUUGAGGAUCAGCGUGGCAGAUUUGUUGUUGCCUACCUUUACCACCUGGGGGCGGCCCGUCUGGAAGUCCAGGAUCCAGUUGCAGAGGGAGGUGUUUAGUCCCAGGGUCCUUAGCUUAGUGAUGAGCUUUGUGGGCACUAUGGUGUUGAACGCUGAGCUGUAGUCAAUGAACAGCAUUCUCACACAGGUGUUCCUUUUGUCCAGAUGGGAAAGAGCAGUGUGGAGUGCGAUUUGAGAUUGCGUCAUCUGUGGAUCUGUUGGGGCGGUAUGCAAAUUGGAGUGGGUCCAGGGUUUCUGGGAUGAUGGUGUUAACGUGAGCCAUGACCAGCCUUUCAAAGCACUUCAUGGCUACCGAUGUGAGUGCUACGGGGCGGUAGUCAUUUCCGCAGGUUACCUUCACUUUCUUGGGCCCAAGGACUAUGGUGGUCUGCUUGAAACAUGUAGGUAUUACAGACUCGGUCAGGGAGAGGUUGAAAAUGUCAGUGAAGACUUGCAGGUUUGUCCGCGCAUGCUCUUGAGUACACGUCCUGGUAAUCCAUCUGGCCCUGCGGCCUUGUGAAUGUUGACCUGUUUAAAGGUCUUGCUCACAUCGGCUACGGAGAGCGUGAUCACACAGUCGUCCGGAACAGCUGUUGCUCUCAUGCAUGCUUCAGUGUUGCUUGCCUCGACGCGAUCAUAAAAGGCAUUUAGCUUGUCUGGGGCAGUUCGUGUCUGGGUUUCCUUUUGUAGUCUGUAAUAGUUUUCAAGCCCUGCCACAUCCCACGAGCGUCAGAGCCGGUGUAGUACGAUUCAAUCUUAGUCCUGUAUUGACGCUUUGCCUGUGAUGGUUCGUCUGAGUGUCCCGCUUCUUGAAAGCGGCAGCUCUAGCCUUUAGCUCGGUGCGGAUGUUGCCUGGAAUCAAUGGCUUCUGGUUGGGAUAUGUACGUACGGUCACUGUGGGGACGACGUAGUCGAUGCACUUAUUGAUGAAGCCGGUGACUGAGGUGGUAUACUCCUCAAUGCCAUUGGAUGAAUCCCGGAAUAUAUUCCAGUCUGUGCUAGCAAAACAGUCCUGUAGCGUAGCAUCCGCGUCAUCUGACCACUUCCGUAUUGAGCGAGUCACUGGUGCUUCCUGCUUUAGUUUUUGCUUGUAAACAGGAAUCAGGAGGAUAGAAUUAUGGUCAGAUUUGCCAAAUGGAGGGCGAGGGAGAGCUUUGUAUGCGUCUCUGUGUGUGGAGUAAAGGUGGUCUAGAGUUUUUUUCCUCUGGUUGCACAGAUUUAACAUGCUGGUAGAAAUGAGGUAAAACUGACUUAAGUUUGCCUGCAUUAAAGUCCCCGGCCACUAGGAGCGCCGCUUCUGGAUGAACAUUUUCUUGUUUGCUUAUAGCCUUAUACAGCUUGUUGAGUGCGGUCUUAGUGCCAGCACCGGUUUGUGGUGGUAAAUAGACAGCUAUGAAAAAUAUAGAUGAAAACUCUCUUGGUAAAUAGUGUGGUCUACAGCUUAUCAUAAGAUACUCUACCUCAGGCGAGCAAUACCUAGAGACUUCCUUAAUAUUAGACAUCGCGCACCAGCUGUUAUUGACAAAUCAACCCCCUGAAGAAGCUAUCCCUUUUCCAUUCUUUCUCUCCGGGUUACAACUUUUCAACAGUUUUUUUUCUCUUGGGCAAUUAAACAGUGGUAGAGUGAAGCCUAAUCAAUAUCAGACUGAUUUCUUUCCUAGGCCCACUGAUGCUCCCAAAUUAAAAUUCCAAGUCGCACAGCAAAAUAUUUAAACACAUGGUGGCUAGGAAAAACUCUCUAGGAAGGCUGGAACCCAGGAAGAAACCUAAGGAGGAACCGGGCUCUGAGGGGUGACCAGUCCUCUACUGGCUGUACUGGGUAGAGAGGAACCAGGCUCUGAGGGGUGACCAGUCCUCUACUGGCUGUACUGGGUAGAGAGGAACCAGGCUCUGAGGGGUGGCCAGUCCUCUACUGGCUGUACUGGGUAGAGAGGAACCAGGCUCUGAGGGGUGACCAGUUCUCUACUGGCUGUACUGGGUAGAGAGGAACCAGGCUCUGAGGGGUGGCCAGUCCUCUACUGGCUGUACUGGGUAGAGAGAACCAGGCUCUGAGGGGUGGCCAGUCCUCUACUGGCUGUACUGGGUAGAGAGGAACCAGGCUCUGAGGGGUGGCCAGUCCUCUACUGGCUGUACUGGGUAGACCAGAGGAACCAGGCUCUGAGGGGUGACCAGUCCUCUUCUGGCUGUACUGGGUAGACCAGAGGAACCAGGCUCUGAGGGGUGGCCAGUCCUCUACUGGCUGUACUGGGUAGAGAGGAACCAGGCUCUGAGGGGUGACCAGUCCUCUACUGGCUGUACUGGGUAGACCAGAGGAACCAGGCUCUGAGGGGUGGCCAGUCCUCUACUGGCUGUACUGGGUAGACCAGAGGAACCAGGCUCUGAGGGGUGGCCAGUCCUCUACUGGCUGUACUGGGUAGAGAGGAACCAGGCUCUGAGGGGUGACCAGUCCUCUACUGGCUGUACUGGGUAGAGAGGAACCAGGCUCUGAGGGGUGGCCAGUCCUCUACUGGCUGUACUGGGUAGAGAGGAACCAGGCUCUGAGGGGUGACCAGUCCUCUACUGGCUGUACUGGGUAGAGAGGAACCAGGCUCUGAGGGGUGACCAGUCCUCUACUGGCUGUACUGGGUAGACCAGAGGAACCAGGCUCUGAGGGGUGGCCAGUCCUCUUCUGGCUGUACUGGGUAGAGAGGAACCAGGCUCUGAGGGGUGGCCAGUCCUCUCCUGGCUGUACUGGGUAGAGAGGAACCAGGCUCUGAGGGGUGGCCAGUCCUCUACUGGCUGUACUGGGUAGAGAGGAACCAGGCUCUGAGGGGUGGCCAGUCCUCUACUGGCUGUACUGGGUAGAGAGGAACCAGGCUCUGAGGGGUGACCAGUCCUCUACUGGCUGUACUGGGUAGAGAGGAACCAGGCUCUGAGGGGUGACCAGUCCUCUACUAGCUGUACUGGGUAGAGAGGAACCAGGCUCUGAGGGGUGGCCAGUCCUCUACUGGCUGUACUGGGUAGAGAGAACCAGGCUCUGAGGGGUGGCCAGUCCUCUACUGGCUGUACUGGGUAGAGAGGAACCAGGCUCUGAGGGGUGACCAGUCCUCUACUGGCUGUACUGGGUAGACCAGAGGAACCAGGCUCUGAGGGGUGGCCAGUCCUCUACUGGCUGUACUGGGUAGACCAGAGGAACCAGGCUCUGAGGGGUGACCAGUUCUCUACUGGCUUUACUGGGUAGACCAGAGGAACCAGGCUCUGAGGGGUGGCCAGUCCUCUACUGGCUGUACUGGGUAGACCAGAGGAACCAGGCUCUGAGGGGUGGCCAGUCCUCUACUGGCUGUACUGGGUAGAGAGGAACCAGGCUCUGAGGGGUGGCCAGCCCUCUACUGGCUGUACUGGGUAGACCAGAGGAACCAGGCUCUGAGGGGUGGCCAGUCCUCUACUGGCUGUACUGGGUAGACCAGAGGAACCAGGCUCUGAGGGGUGGCCAGUCCUCUACUGGCUGUACUGGGUAGACCAGAGGAACCAGGCUCUGAGGGGUGGCCAGUCCUCUACUGGCUGUACUGGGUAGAGAGGAACCAGGCUCUGAGGGGUGGCCAGUCAUCUACUGGCUGUACUGGGUAGAGAGGAACCAGGCUCUGAGGGGUGACCAGUUCUCUACUGGCUGUGCUGGGUAGAGAGGAACCAGGCUCUGAGGGGUGGCCAGUCCUCUUCUGGCUGUGCCGGGUGAUUUUAUGAGUACAUGGCCAUUUAACGCCAGAUCGUUCUUCAAGAUGUUCAUAGAUGACCAGCAGGGUGAAAUAAUAAUCACAGUGGUUGUAGAGGGUGCAACAGGUCAGCACCACAGGAGUAAAUGUCAGUUGGCUUUUCAUAGCCGAGCAUUCAGAGGUUGAGACAGCAGGUGCGGUAGGGAGAGGGAGGGAGAGAGGGUCAAAACAGCCGAUCCGGGGCAAGGUAGCACGUCUGGUGAACAGGUCAGGGUUCCAUAGCCACAGGCAGAACAGUUGAAACUGGAGCAGCAACACGACCAGGUGGACUGGGGACAGCCAGGAGUCAUCAGGUGGACUGGGGACGGGGACAGCCAGGAGUCAUCAGGUGGACUGGGGACGGGGACAGCCAGGAGUCAUCAGGUGGACUGGGGACAGCCAGGAGUCAUCAGGUGGACUGGGGACGGGGACAGCCAGGAGUCAUCAGGUGGACUGGGGACGGGGACAGCCAGGAGUCAUCAGGUGGACUGGGGACGGGGACAGCCAGGAGUCAUCAGGUGGACUGGGGACAGCCAGGAGUCAUCAGGUGGACUGGGGACAGCCAGGAGUCAUCAGGUGGACUGGGGACGGGGACAGCCAGGAGUCAUCAGGUGGACUGGGGAUGGCCAGGAGUCAUCAGGUGGACUGGGGACAGCCAGGAGUCAUCAGGUGGACUGGGGACGGGGACAGCCAGGAGUCAUCAGGUGGACUGGGGACAGCCAGGAGUCAUCAGGUGGACUGGGGACAGCCAGGAGUCAUCAGGUGGACUGGGGACGGGGACAGCCAGGAGUCAUCAGGUGGACUGGGGACGGGGACAGCCAGGAGUCAUCAGGUGGACUGGGGACGGGGACAGCCAGGAGUCAUCAGGUGGACUGGGGACAGCCAGGAGUCAUCAGGUGGACUGGGGACGGGGACAGCCAGGAGUCAUCAGGUGGACUGGGGACGGGGACAGCCAGGAGUCAUCAGGUGGACUGGGGACAGCCAGGAGUCAUCAGGUGGACUGGGGACGCGGACAGCCAGGAGUCAACAGGUGGACUGGGGACGGGGACAGCCAGGAGUCAUCAGGUGGACUGGGGACGGGGACAGCCAGGAGUCAUCAGGUGGACUGGGGACGGGGACAGCCAGGAGUCAUCAGGUGGACUGGGGACGGGGACAGCCAGGAGUCAUCAGGUGGACUGGGGACGGGGACAGCCAGGAGUCAUCAGGCCAGGUAGUCCUGAGGCAUGGUCCUAGGGCUCAGGUCCUCCAGGAGAGGGAGCAUACUUAAGUUCACACAGGGUACCAGAUAAGACAGGAGAAUAACACCAGAGAGGACAGACUGACCCAAACCCCCCGGCACAGACUAGUACAGCAUAGAUACUGGAGGCUGAGCCUGAAGUUUAUUUAUUUCUCAGAGUAGCCGGAGAGUAGAGCAUUGCGGUAAUCUAAUCUAGAAGUGAUUGAAUGAGGACAAACCGUAAAGCCCUACUUCAUAUCCCACCAGUUAUAUGACAUAUUGGUCAUAUGGCCCCGCCCUAGUUCAUAUCCCACCAGUUAUAUGACAUGUUGGCCAUAUGGCCCCGCCCUACUUCAUAUCCCACCAGUUAUAUGACAUGUUGGCCAUAUGGCCCCGCCCUAGUUCAUAUCCCACCAGUUAUAUGACAUAUUGGUCAUAUGGCCCCGCCCUAGUUCAUAUCCCACCAGUUAUAUGACAUGUUGGCCAUAUGGCCCCGCCCUACUUCAUAUCCCACCAGUUAUAUGACAUGUUGGCCAUAUGGCCCCGCCCUACUUCAUAUCCCACCAGUUAUAUGACAUGUUGGCCAUAUGGCCCCGCCCUACUUCAUAUCCCACCAGUUAUAUGACAUAUUGGUCAUAUGGCCCCGCCCUAGUUCAUAUCCCACCAGUUAUAUGACAUGUUGGCCAUAUGGCCCCGCCCUACUUCAUAUCCCACCAGUUAUAUGACAUGUUGGUCAUAUGGCCCCGCCCUACUUCAUAUCCCACCAGUUAUAUGACAUGUUGGCCAUAUGGCCCCGCCCUACUUCAUAUCCCACCAGUUAUAUGACAUGUUGGUCAUAUGGCCCCGCCCUACUUCAUAUCCCACCAGUUAUAUGACAUAUUGGUCAUAUGGCCCCGCCCUAGUUCAUAUCCCAUCUAACCAGCUGCACACUCCUCUGACCCCUGUUGCGUGUGUUUGUUUCCCAGGUAACGGUCAGUACUCUGGAUAGACGGAACAAUAAGUUGAUAUUUAAGGUUCAUCUGAUGGAGCUGGACCAGAGAGUUUUACUGGACUUCAGACUAUCCAAGGUAGGGAUGUGGACGUGUGUGUGUAAUACAACUGGGACUGCUCAGUUGACUCUGACCAUCUUUGCAGUAUCCUGCAUCACCUUUCAUGGAUACUGAUAGCGUAUGUGUUACAGGGUGAUGGUCUGGAGUUUAAGCGUCUCUUCCUGAAGAUCAAACAGAAGCUAAGUGACAUCAUCAGCACCCAGAAAAUACCACUUCCUGUCACAUGAUCAGAUGCCAUCUACGCCACGGAACGCACACACCAGAUGACAUCAGGCUGUGUGUGUGUGUGUGUGUUUGUGUGUGUGUCUGUGUGUGUGUGUGUGUGUGUGUGUGUGUGUGUGUGUGUGUGUGUGUGUGUGUGUGUGACUAUCCUCAUGGGUACCUCAAAUCCCCAAAAGUCCCCUCAAGGACAG